AUGGCUCUCUUCAGACCGAUCCGGCGAAUGCUGUCUCCCCGAGAGGGCCGCGGCCACGAGGAAACGGCGCCGGAUACCCCCGUCGCCUCCUCCCGUGCUAGACUCAGCACCGGAGACUCGGAAAGUGUCGUGGAGAACGCUAUCUACAGCGAGCCGACCCCGCUAGACCGCGUGGAGCCCCAGCGCCACAGCCAUCAUCGAAUCAGCGGCGGUGAGGAUCCUCCUCUACCCCCCAGACCUCUGUCCGGUGGCGGCGCAGGCGGCGCUCAGCAGAAUUCGGAGGAACACGAGACGUACUACCAGGCCCCCGUGGACACCCUGGGCCGCGGUGUGGGUCUGGAUCCACAGGCGGCGAUGCAGCAGCAAAGAAUGACUUCUAUUCGCGAGAGAGAGCGUGCAGCAGCGGAGCGAGAGAGGAGGCGGAUGAACAUGCACGAGAGGACCUUGAACCAGAUCCAGGGAGCCGGUGGCUACCCAGUACACCUCCAAGGUAGGGUGGGAGGACUGGGACAUCGCAGAACUCGCUCAGGAGGUCACAUCAUUGACAAUGAAGAGUACAGCACGCCGUGGGACGUACAGGGGGAACAGCGACGACGUGCCUCGGGGCACAAUCCACCCAAACCAGCCCGCAACAGGAGACCAAUCCCCGCCACCCCUAACGAUGGGAGCGAUAACUCUGUUUCGCCCGUCCCACCCCGUAGCCCCGUCCAGGUGUCAGGAGAUGCCGAAUACGACGACCCGUGGGACGUGAGGAAUCGGAACAUCAGUCAGGUCAUCCCAAGCCAGCGUCACCACACCCACUCCUCCCUCCACGAACGCCGCUCCCCGCCCUCUGCCGGAGACCACCGCCCGCCCAUGCGACAGUCUGUCGGCUCCAGGACCACAGAACACUCGAGACCCCACCUCGAAGAAGUCCGACCGUCCCGCUCCCUCUCGGACUGGAAUCACCCCCGCGGUGUUCCGACGGAGCCCCCGGAACAGUUCCGACCGCGAACCAUCACCGACGUCCACCCGCCGCACUCCCUGAGCCACUCCAACCCCAGCUCCCCGAGGACGAGCUCAAUGUGUGCACCGACGCACCCCAUCCAACGAAGACCCCUGCCCGAGGAGCCCCCGGGGGGAGGCACUGGAGCUGCGACGACACCCACCUCGUGUCUGCACCUCCCUCGGUCUCCAACUCUACCCGCGCCGAACCCUCCGUCCUCUUUGACAGCCAGCUGGCUCUCGAGGAACAACUGUGGUACCAUGGGGCCAUCACCAGAGCAGAGGCAGAGGCAGUUCUGGCCAGCAAACGAGACUUUAGUUUCCUGGUCAGGAACAGCGAGAGUUGUCGCACAGACUACUCUCUCUCUAUCAGAGAUCGCUCCAGUGGAUUCAUUCACCUGAGAAUAGUCUACGAGAGGAGUGGCUACGUGUUGGGCCAGUUCAGCAGCCACUUUCAGACUGUGCCCGAGUGCAUCUUCUUCUACACUCAGCAGAGGCUCAACAUUAGGGGAACUGACCACAAAAAACUGCGAUACCCAGUGCCCAGGGAUCACUAUAAACCGUGACAUGCGGUGGCUCCUGGAGCUACACAACGUCAUAGUGUGCAUUAUUUGAGAAUUGUUCUGUACCUUAUCUACUACAGUAUAUACUGUACAUGAAUCACCCUCCGUGUAUUGCAAAUGAUGUGUGUGUGUGUGUCUGUCUGUGUGUGUGUAGGUAUGGUACAUGGAGUACAUAGCCUUGAUACUGUGUACUAUGUAUGUGUACAUCUCACCUGUAUGUAUGUCUAGAACAUUGUGUGUGAAACCAAUAUUGUCUACCACCCUCAAUUAUGCAGGUUAAUGAAAUAUGAAUAACAUCAGUGAAAAAUUAUUCAAAAUCGGUCUGUGAAUCCUACUGA